AACAAUGUGACAUUUAAGGCUGCUGGUGGCCCCGCCCGGGGAGCAGGGAAGAAGGAGAAGUGCAGGCUGCCUCCCUCUGCUGAUAGGUGGAUCAGGAGGGUGUCCCUCUUCCCAGACUUUUGUGGAGUGUGGAAAGUGCCUGGAAUUCAGACGCUAUGCUCCUCUAUUAGAAAGAAUUGCUGCUCUUGGGAGCCAUAGAGAUCGGCGGAUGGUGACCAGCCUGGACUGACGACUGGCCCGGCCCGCCCGGCUCGGAAGUUUGGAGGAUGAGAGCGGCGCUGUAAUUGAUCUGUGCAGUAAUCCAAUGUUAAAGCUGAACUCCGGGUUGGGCAAAUACUAUCUAAAUACAAGAGGUAAAAAAGAAAGCAAACAUGACAGAAGGUCGUCGGGAUAGCACAAGCAGUCUACAGAGAAAGAAGCCACCAUGGCUAAAAUUAGAGAUACCAUCUGCUCCUGUUAUCACAACAGAGGAACCAACCUUUCUGCAGCACUUCAAGCGUCAAAGUUAUUUAAGAAGCGUGAGUAUGCCAGUAGAGAACACAAGAAUUCCUUCACCUCCCAAUGAACAGAAGCGGCCUAUACUGCAACGUCAGACCUCAAUCACCCAGACGAUAAAAAGCAAGCGCGUGACGUUUGACAGAAUCAGUACUAUGCCGGUCAAGGGGCACCUAGCUAGCAGGAGGUCUAUUCAUUUUAGGAAACGUCAAACAAUCUCUACUUUCUUUUUCAGGGGCACUGCUGACUGGUUUGGAGUAAGUAAAGAGAGCGACUCGUCUCAUAAAUGGCAGCGGAAGAGCCUUAGACAUUGCAGCCAGAGAUAUGGAAAGUUGAAACCACAAGUUAUCCGAGAAAUGGACCUCCCUAGCCAAGACAACAUAUCUCUGACAAGUACAGAAACACCACCACCUCUUUAUGUGGGAUCAGCUCAGUUUAAUAUGCAAAAGAUUAUUGAUCCGCUGGCACGAGGACGCGCUUUUCGAAUGGUAGAAGACAUAGAUGGCUACAGUAUGCCACAUACACCUAUUACACCAGGAGCAACUUCUCUCUGCUCAUUUACCAGCUCAAGAUCUGGAUUCAGCCGAUUUCCCCGGAGACGGAAAAAAGAGUCUGUGGCAAAAAUGAGCUUUAGAGCUGCAGCAGCACUUGUGAAGGGUCGAUCGAUAAAGGAAAGUACUUUACGAAGGAUACAUAGACGAAGCUUCACUCCAGUUAGUUUUCUAGAAGAAGACACCAUGGAUUUUCCUGAUGAAUUGGACACAUCAUUUUUCGCAAGGGAAGGUGCUCUUCAUGAAGAUAUGUCUAGUUACCCUGAUGAAGUGUUUGAAUCUCCUUCAGAGGCAGCCAUCAAAGAGGCCGAUAAUACAGAAAAAGAAGAAGAUGCUGAGGAACAUACAGGGAGUGCCUUGGACAAAAGUGAAUUAGAAAAAAGUCAUUUAAUGCUGCCACUGGAGAGAGGUUGGCGUAAAGUAAAAGAAGGACACCUUGUACAGCCAAAAAUAAGACUUUGUCAGGAAGUAGUCACCGUCAGUCCUCAAAAGAGAGGCCAGCGUAUAACUGUGCCGGUAAAGAAGCUGUUUGCAAAAGAAAAAAGGCCAUAUGGUCUUGGAAUGGUGGGAAGAUUAACAAACAGAACAUAUCGUAAAAGGAUAGACAGCUAUGUAAAAAGACAAAUAGAAGACAUGGAUGACCACCGGCCGUUCUUCACUUACUGGAUUACAGUUGUACAUCUACUCAUUACAAUCCUGACUGUAUCCAUCUAUGGUAUUGCACCUGUUGGAUUUUCUCAACAUGAAACUGUAGAAUCUGUUUUGCGAAACAAGGGAGUUUAUGAAAACGUAAGAUACAUACAGCAAGAAAACUUUUGGAUUGGACCAAAUUCUGAAGACUUAAUACAUCUCGGAGCUAAAUUUUCUCCAUGCAUGAGACAAGAUCAGCAAGUGUACAGUUUAAUUCAAAUGAAGAGAGAGAAGGAAAAACACUCUGCAUGCUGUGUGAGAAAUGACAAAUCCGGCUGUAUCCAGACCUCAGAAGAGGAGUGCUCGUCCACUCUGGCUGUAUGGGUCAAAUGGCCAACUCAUUCUAGCACCCCACUUUUGGCAAACAAAAGUGAAAGACAUUAUGGAUCAGUAUGUCGCCAGGAUCCCAGGUUUUGCGCUGAACCAGCUUCCGUGCCUCCACACGAAUGGCCUGAUGACAUCACAAAAUGGCCGGUGUGUACUAAUAGUACGAAUGGGAGUUACCCUAACCAUCUGCAUAUGAACUGUGACAUAACAGGCAGGCCCUGCUGUAUUGGAACAAAAGGAAGCUGUAAAAUAACAUCAAGAGAAUACUGCGAGUUCAUGAAAGGAUACUUCCAUGAAGAAGCAACAUUAUGUUCACAGGUACAUUGCAUGGAUGAUGUUUGUGGCCUUCUGCCAUUCUUGAAUCCAGAGGUUCCAGACCAGUUUUAUAGGUUAUGGCUUUCUCUUUUCCUUCAUGCUGGCAUCUUGCAUUGUCUGGUCUCUGUCUGUUUCCAAAUGACUAUACUACGAGAUCUUGAAAAGCUGGCAGGUUGGCAUAGAAUCUCCAUUAUCUACAUUUUAAGUGGGAUUACUGGGAAUCUUACUAGUGCCAUCUUUCUUCCUUACAGAGCAGAGGUUGGACCAGCUGGAUCUCAGUUUGGAAUCUUGGCCUGCCUUUUUGUCGAACUCUUUCAAAGCUGGCAGAUUCUAGCAAGACCAUGGAAGGCUUUUUUCAAGUUGCUUGCCGUUGUCAUCUUCUUAUUCUUAUUUGGACUCCUUCCUUGGAUUGACAAUUUUGCUCAUAUUUCUGGCUUUAUAAGCGGCUUCUUUUUAUCUUUCGCAUUUCUUCCUUAUAUUAGUUUUGGCAAAUUUGACUCAUACCGGAAGAGAUGCCAGAUAAUUAUAUUUCUACUUAUAUUUUUUGGACUGUUCUCUGGUCUAGUGUUUUUAUUCUAUUUUUACCAUAUCAAGUGUGAAUGGUGUGAGUACCUAACCUGUAUUCCAUUUACAGAUAAGUUUUGUGAGAAAUAUGACCUUGAUGCACAACUUCUUUGACACUAACUACAGAUUUUUAUCUAAGCAAUAUUCUUAAGAUAUUUUUUAUGUUUUUAAAAUAUGGUGUUAUAUGGUUAUUAUUAAAGGUACUGAAAAAAUAACAUUUAUUAUAUCCCACCAGAGAUGACAUUAAAAUAUUACUGGAUAGUUAACCAUAUUGGCACAAUGAUUAAAAGUAACGGGUAUACCAAGAGAUCAUCUUUGCUAUGCUGUGGGAUUUUUUUAUUUUUUAUCCAUAUCUAUAUUAAAAAGCAUAUAUCUAAUGUGCACAUUGUUAAUUUAAUCUGUAUAUAUAGCAUUUGAUAACCUUUGCUAAAAUGCGUGUCAGAUAGUUUUACUAUCUGAAAACAGUAUUUUUUCAUUGUUCACUUUUACUGAACAACAGUGUGACGUCUUUUUGAUGAACUAAUUUCAUUGGUAGGUUUUUAAAUAUUAUUUCUACUGAAGGCAAAGCCGCAGUAAUUAAACCACAGGGUAGCGUUUUAGCUGCUUUGUCUGUUAAAAAGAAAAAAAAAAAGAAAAAAGUUUUGCAUACACCAUUUUUAAACACUAAUUUUGGUAUAUUUGCAACAUUUCUACAAGUAUGGACACAUCAUAAUAAAGCAGAAGACUUUAUUUGCACGA